AUGUCUUCUCUUGUUUCGGAUACCCCGUCGUUCAAUAAUCAAGCUCUCAUAGACCCAACUGCCAUUAACACACCCAUCACACUUACACCUUUUGAAAUCAGUCUCUUAAUCUGGUCACCCUAUCUUCUUACCGUCGACCUUGGCGUUCUUAUCGAUCCUACCUAUCAUCAGCGCAAAAACCAUCCUCGUUCUCAGAAUUCGUUUAUUCUUUUUCGUAGAGAUUUUGAAGGCCGACUACGCGCACAAUUUCCUAAUAGAUCAUAUACCAUUUAUGAGGUCUCAAAGAUUGCUGGAAAUUACUGGAACAUGCAACCAGACCUGGUUAAAUUUUACUUCAAUAUUCUUUCUAAGCUAGCUAAAGAGAGACAUAGGCUCGCUUUCCCCGAUUAUGUUUAUAAACCGAAAAGAACCGGACAGAGAAGAAGGAUUGGAGAACUAUCGUUCAGACAUAUGGAUAGAGAUACGUUUGUGAGCCGUCAAAAUAGUAGAGUGCGUGCGCGCAGAACUAUCAGGGAUACCAAUACGUGCAGCACUGUUCAAAACGUAGAUGGAUGCUACCGAGCAGAUGGGAAUAACAUGAAUACCGUGUCAAAUGAGAAUACCGUGGAUACCGCUGUGUGUGAGAAUACAAAUAAUGACACUAGCCUUGAGAGCUCAUCACAGGAUUAUGUAACAGCAUCAUCGAUGUGCCAUGAUACAUUGUCUAUUCUAUUACCAAGCCCAGAGAGCUCUUGCGAUAACAUCACAAACAUCGACAACUCGAUAAUUUAUCAAACAAUUCAAUACCCCACUUACACAGUUCCUAUUCCCAAUCUUUUCUCAAAUACGAAUAUGUUUGAGACGGUGGACUUUUUUAAUAUCAAUACGCAUAUGGCUGAAAAUAAUGGUGACAAGCGCGUAUGA